UGUGUCAUCAGAACAGAAUUGCUUGACAAGGUUGUCAACAUUUCUCAAAGUAGAAAUAGUAGCAUUUUUGAUUAUUUAGAGUAAAAUGGACCCUCAAUCUCAAUUAGGCAAGGAAGAAAUUGAAGCAGUAUUUCAUAGACUCAGAUCAGUUCCUACUAACAAGGUUUGUUUCGAUUGCAAUGCUAAAAAUCCAACCUGGUCUAGUGUAACAUAUGGUGUCUUCAUAUGUAUAGAUUGUUCAGCUGUACAUAGGAGCUUAGGUGUACAUUUAACAUUUGUUCGAUCGACACAGCUGGAUACAAACUGGACAUGGCAACAAACCAGGCAAAUGCAAUUGGGAGGCAAUGCAAAUGCUAUGCAAUUCUUCUCCCAACAUAAUUGCAAUACUACUGAUGCUCAAAAAAAGUAUAAUUCCAGGGCUGCUCAACUUUAUAGAGAUAAAUUGAGUCAGCUGGCUCUCAAAUCUUUAUUAAACAAUAAACAGCUUCACAUUCACCCACAUCAUGAAGAGAAAAAUGAGGACGAAAAGGAAGUUGAUUUCUUUACAGAACAUGAGAAUUUUGCCACACCCGACUUCCCAGAGCAGAAUUUUGUUAAAGUACAGAACGAGGUGAAAAAAAACAACUCCAAUAACAAUAACCCUGAUGAAGGUCCUAAAAUCGAUUUUACUUCAAACAAUCAAAAUUUUGAACCUAGGAAAUCAACGAUUGGCACUAGAAAACCAACAGCAAGGAAAGGAGGGCUUGGAGUAAAAAAAAGUGGUUUGGGUGCAACCAAGGUCAAAACUAACUUUGCUGAAAUUGAAAGAGAGGCAGAACUUGCAGAAGAAAGCAGAUUAAGGAUGAUAGAAGAGAAUGCUAAAGCUGCAGCACUCUCGUUGAAAGAACAAGAAGAACGGGAAGCAGCUGUUCGUCUUGCCUAUAAAGAUCUCAGUUUGCAGCAACAGAAGAAGGAGGAAGAAGUAAUGAAAAUAGAUCCGAAGAAGGCCAAUCAGGUUGAACGACUUGGAAUGGGUGUAGGAAAUAGAAGUGGGAUCAGUCAUUCUGCAUUUAGUGACAUGCAAACGAUUGAACAGGAGAAUGUGCAAUCAAAUUCAAGCAGUACCCUUAGCUCUCUCAGUAAAUUAAAGUUGACGGAUGAUAGCUUUUUUGAUGAUUUCUCAUUUGGUCCUGGUUUUGGAAUGAGCAGGAAUAUGGGUGUGUUCAACAACAGCAAAUUAGAGUCUUUUCUUCUGGACUCAAACAGCAGCAGCAGUUCUAAAAGUGACUGGGUUGUGGUGGAUGAUCCUCCAGAGAAACCAAAGAUCAGAAGUCAAGCUGAGAGAACUCCCAAGAAAUAUGAAGCUGCCUCUGGCGAUGCUGCUCAAAAAAAGUUUGGAAACGCUAAAGCUAUAUCUUCAGAUCAGUUUUUCACUGAUCAAAGCACAGAUUUUGAGACUAAAGCUAAUCUUAACAGAUUCCAAGGCUCAUCUAGCAUAUCUUCUUCAGAAUUUUUUGGAAAUAACAGAGACAAUCAAAGAAAUCCCCAAUAUAUUGAUGCUGACGAUGUUAGAGAAAGUGUAAGACAAGGUGUGUCUAAAGUAGCUGGAAAAAUAAGUUCAUUAGCAAAUGGAGUGAUGAAUUCGUUACAGGACAAAUAUGGUUAUUAGCAUUUAGUUGGAAUGUUUUGGUUAAGCUCUUCCUGGCACAUAAACCAACAUUAAAUUUGUUAAAAAUUGAGAAAUAUUUAGUAAAUUUAUUGCAGAAUGUGCCUUGAAACUGUAGUUUCCUAUAACUCUUUGAAAUAUCAGGGAUUUUCACAUUUGUAAUGUGCGUGUGUAACUUGUCCUGAAAUUGUCCAAUAUUCUUCUUAACAACAUGUAGAAACGAAUUUAGAAAAACCAGUGAACUUAUAAACAGUUGUUUUUCCAUCAAUUUAGUCCUUAGUUUAAUUCUUUGAAAUUUAGUGAUAAGUUUUCACUAAGAUUAUUUGUUAUUGAAUAAAUUGAAAAAUUCGAAACUCCAGAAAUAUUUCAGUUGAACUUUUGUCAGUUGAUAUUAUACAUAUAUAUCGUAUGUUAUGAGUAGAUCAAUUUUGUUUUUGUGUCAUACAGGAAUUAUUUUACAAUUAAAGUAUCUGUACAUA